UAUACCAAAUGGUUCUUUCGAGAAGACAAUUCAAGCUAUAAACCUUUAAAAUGAGAUCGGAUUUACAUGAACCGAACCAACCCAAUCCAAAGUGAAAGGAUGGAGGCGCCAAAGCCAAUUCAUGUCUCUCUUCCAUUCCCACCAAAAGUAACUAACAAUACAAAUUCACAGUAGAGAGAGAAAAUCGUGGGUUCAGAAGUUGGGGGUUUCAUGGAGAUUAAUUAUAACUGUUUCCUUAUUUAUUCCAAAUUCAAAAACAUCCCUGUUCUUCUUUUCCUCUUCAAUGGCGGCUCUCACUUUUUUCUCCAAUUUUUACUCUGACCCUUCUUCAAUCAAUCCCCAAUUCCCCUAUUUCUCCCCCGAAAUGUCGCCGGACCUCUUCUUUCUCCCUCCACCGCACCUCGAUUACGUCCCUGCCAUGCCCGAUGACUCUGUUUUUAUCCCGACUGUUGCUCCGUUCUUCGACGACGCUUCUCCGUUUCUUUUCUCCGACGUCUACCCGUAUUUCUCCGCUGGAUUCUUCCCUUUUGAUGAAUUUGAGUUUCAUUACUCCAAACGCCAGAGGAUCGUGCUGGAGCAGAGUUUUUGCUACGGUGGAGUUGGUGGUAACGUGGGUGGCGGAGGUGGCGGAGGUGGCUACUUUCCUUCGGGUUUGUUGGAUGGGAGAGUGGAUAAUGUUGAAAUGAUGAACAAUGGCAAUUGCUCGAAGACGAAACAGUUGGUGUCGCCGAGUAACACCUUAUCGGUGCAGACGAUUGCGGCCCGGGAACGGCGGAGGAAGAUUACGGCGAAGACGCAGGAGCUUGGAGAGCUGAUUCCGGGCGGUGUCAAGAUGAACACUGCUGAAAUGCUUAAUUCUGCUUUCAAAUAUGUCAAAUUCUUGCAAGCCCAAGUUGCCAUUUUACAACUUAAGCAAGAAACAGAGCAUGAACUAGAAGAACAAGAAACAGAGGAUCUGCAGAUUCUUGAAUCCGCCAUGAUUCAAGAGAAAUUAUACUCAGAAGAACAGUGUUUAGUUCCAAAAGGGUUUGUUCAAAAUCUUGCUAAUUUCCCGGAGAUUCAAUCCCAUCCGUCCAUUUCAAACUCCAUCAAUCAGAUCCUUAAAACAAGCGGCUAGAAAGAACAGUUGAGAGUGAUCAAAUGCAGAAGUAUCUUGUUCAUCAUUUUGUUUUGUUCUUUGUUGUUGUUAUAUAGAAUCUAAGGCUUUAGAGUUUUCUUACCCAUUUAGUUUAGUUUAAUUUAGAGAUUAGUUUCUCGAUGAGAUGCUAACCUCGUGAUGAUCAUUAUCUGUUCUUUGUUAAACUUUAUCAUUUGAUUAAAUGAAACCCCUUUUCAUUUUCUUGCUUCGUUUGUAUAAGCAACUGACUUGCGAAAUUUUCUCGACUGCCAAAUCAUAUGUUUAUAAAUAAGGAAUACGUCUGUAUUGGUAUAAGGUCUAUUGGAGAAGCCAAAAGCAAAAUCAUGAGAGCUUAUGCUCAAAGUAGACAAUGUCAUACUAUGGUGGAGCGUCGUGGUUCCUAACAUUUUAGCUA